AUGGCGGAGACCGCUGCGUUAAGCCCCGACGCGAAGGCCAGGCUGCACGCCGCGCGGCUGAGCGAACAGAUGCUGCUCGUUCACGACGAGGAGGACGACGCUAACGGCGGCGAACUCGGCGAAGAAAGUGGUAACGAGAACGGCGAAGGUCGCCGUCGCAAGCUGGCGACAUCCGCGAAGAAGCUCGGGUUGAAACCACCGCUUCUGAACUCGGGACCGAGUAUGGCGGAUGUGAAUAACACCUUCUUUCGGUGGGAUUCGGUAACGCCAAACGCGUAUGUAGAUUGGCGACAGACCAUGUACAUCUCGCCGAUACAGCGACAGUACCAGUGCGGGAGCUGCUGGACGAUCGUGGCCGUCGAUUCCGUCUCGAUGAUGUGGGCGAUCAUCAACAACACGACGCCGCAGCUGCUGUCGCCGCAGCAGGUGUGCGACUGCGCGACAAAACAAUGCUGCAAGGGCGGCUGGCCCGACUGGGCCUUCUCCUACAUCCUCUUUAAUGGCGGCAUCGCUUCUCUCGACGAUUACCCUUACCUCGCAGAAGACAGCGUCGUCUGUAACGCGAAUGCGUCGACGCCGCUCGCGGCGAAGAUCACGGGGUGGGAGCUGGUCCCGCCGUACAACGCCAGGGCGCUCAUGAAGGCCGUCAGCAUGCAGCCGGUCGUCGCGUUUCUGUCCGGCAACGCUAACGAUUUCCAGUUCUACUCGUCGCGCGGGACGGUUAAGAUCUACGACGGCACGUGCACGACGGAUAUUAACCAUGCCGUGGUCGUGGUCGGGUAUAACUACACCGGGCCGAGUCUGGAGGGCAGCUAUUGGAUAUUAAAGAACUCGUGGUUCAACACGUGGGGCGACGGCGGUUACAUGUACCUCGCCAUGACGCCCGACGUGCGCGGGAAAUGCGGGCUGCACGCCAUCCCCGCCAUGUACCCGGUUUACUACGCGGGGCCCGAGCCAGUCAAGAUCGCCAACGGGCCGUUUCGCCGCCAGGACGACGGAUACGACGGCAAGUGGUGGUCGCGCCCUUACUCCGGCCCCGUCGACGCGUGCGCGAAUCUCAUCAACCCCUGCGGCGGCGGCCGCUGCUACACGCUGCGCGGCAUCGCGCGCUGCGACUGCCGCGGCCUGCCGAACAUGGUGGAGGUGCUGUCCACGCCCACGGCCAAGUGCGUGCCGCGCUUCCCCUGCACGAGCCGCGAGCUGUUCAACCCGUGCGGGAGCGGCGUGUGCCGGAAUCCCGGCGACGGGACGUACACGUGCGAGUGCCCUGCAGGCUACGCCAUUGGAACAGCAUCAGACGGCACGAUCACGUGCGUGGGCGUGGGCACGACGGCGGCCGUGGGGCAGACGUACACCACGGUGCCAGGCGACUCGUGCACGGUGGUCGCGAGCGCGUUCAAGCUCUCCGUCAUCACUCUCGCCAAUCUCAACCCGUUUCUCGACUGCUCGCUCGCCUUCAUCGCCCCUGGCAUGGUGCUGCUCGUAUCCAAUACGACCGCCAGCACCAGCAGCAGCACCUUCGUGUGCACAGCCACAUACACGGUGCAGAUGGGCGACACGUGUCAGUCCCUCGCCAACACCUAUUUUAACGGCGAUGUGGCCGCGCUCACUGCCGCAAACCCGCUCAUCUGCACGGCUGGCCGCGCAUUCCUGCUGCCGUUGCAGCAGAUCUGCAUCGGAACCACCUCUCCCACCCCCCAGAUCACCGUGCCGCAGUGUGGCCAGACGUACACGUCAGUGGCUGGCGAUACGUGCGACGCGAUCGCAACGAAAUACAACAUCGCGCUUAGCACUUUCAUGAGCCUCAACCCAGCACUUUCCUGCGAGUCUGCCCUCAGGAUCGGUCUCUACCUCUGCGUUGCACCCAAAACCGCUCUGACCACAGUGAACUGCACCACAUGGUACACAGUGCUGCAGGGCGACAACUGCCCCAACAUCUGGAACGCAGCCAACCUCACAGAACCCCUUUUCCUCGCCAUCAACCCCGGCAUCAGGUGCCAAGCCCCGUACCUGCAAGUGGGCCAGAAGGUCUGCAUAAAGUCGCCUCUGCUCUCCACCCUCAUGGUGCAGACCAAUACCAGCUUUUCCAUUUACACCGUCCAAGAAGGCGACACGCUCGCUCUCAUCUCCUCGAAAUUCGUCACCCGCUGCACCACGGUCUCUGUCUCGCCCGUCAACAUCGCCGCCCUCAACAACAUCCUGGAAACCUCGCCGCUCGUUGUCAAUCAGACGCUGGUCAUUCCCUGCGACUCGCGCGUCGGGAUUCUCGACUGCGGGUGCGCGGAGUCCCUCCCCGUGUGCGGCGCGGAUUUCGUCACGUACCCGUCGUACUGCGACGCGGUUUGCAACUACGCCAUGCCGGUGGUUCAAGACGGGGUGUGCACGGGGUGCAACGCUGCGUGCACGAACCGCGCCGGGGUCGCGCCGCUGUCCGGAUACGGAUGCACCUGGACAACUUGCCCGUAUCCAGCCUGGAAGCCGCUCGACGCGGAUUGCUCUCAGAUGGUCGGCGAGGAGGUCGGCAAGUGCUGUGCUUUUGUCACGACGACGUUUCACUCCUGGCGUGGAGCCUUCCCUGAUUAUGCUGAUUCUGCUCGGAGCAUUGCCUGCCAUUGGUUUGCUGACUACUAA